CGCUUCUAGUUUUUGGUCUUUGAUUCUACUACUACCGUCAUCCCCUUCAUCCCUUGUUCCCUUCUGCAUCCCUCCGGCGCGUCCUCUUUUCUUUUUUUUCCCUAGACGCUCGUCGCGCGCGCGUUUGCGUUCAUCAAUCGCCCCUGCCUGGCUUGCACCGCCGUCGAUUGCCAACCCGAGACAGGCCAUCGCUUUCCGUGCUUCAUCCCGCCCGCCGCGGCGAAAAUCGUCGUGACAGUACACCGCAUCACUCCGACACACACACACACACACACACGGCCGGAUACCCGACCGCUCCACUCCGCAAUGCGCGCUCCCGCCUUCCUGGCCGUCUUGGCCGUCUACUCCCGCGCCGUGGGCGCCGUCCCCGCCACCGCCUUGCAGGCCCGCGAUGCCGCACCUGACACCGCCGCCGCACCGACACCACCGCCAGCUCUCGACCGGCGCGAGAGCCCGACGGACCGCUGGCGCGCCGCGGACCCGUGGGUCGUGGUCGACGACGAGGGCCAGCCGUCCAAGACGGUCACGCCCAGCCUCACCACCAUCGACGGUACGCCCUCGGCCGUCGCCGACGCCGCCCCCCACGACCUCACGGCGUCGGUCUACACGUGGACCACCUGGGGCCAGAUCACGACGAGCACCGGCGAGCCGCCGAACCCGACGGCCACCAACGCCAAGACGGGCGAGGGCUCCUUUUCCCGCUGCUUCAACAAGGACGGGCCCAAUGCCCCCUUCUGCCGGCCUGCCGCCAACUCGACGCUCCUCACCGGCAGCACCUACUACAUCACCUGGGACCCCGACUACUACAACCGAACGUCGGACAAGCUCGCCGGCAACUCGACGUACGAGGUGGCCGUGCGGCUCGAGUACCUCAACACCACAUCCAAGGAGAUGGUGCUCCUCGAUACGUUUGAGCGCGUCCCCGCCGCCUGGGGCUUCCGCGCGUGGAAGGUGGACCGCUCGUUCCUCAAGGGCAACCGCCUCAACAACGUCACCAUUUCGCUCCACGCCUCGGUCAAGGGCUCGUACGAGGUGACCAACAAGACGCUCGCCCUGCCCGUCGCCAUCACCGACCCGGACCUCGAUCACACCACCCCGAGCCCCGUCCCCAAGGGCGACACCCUCGUCAUCGCCCUGCCCGUCGUCUUCGGCACCAUCGCCCUCCUCGUCGUCGGCCUCUGCGUCUGGAACCGCAAGACGCGCCGCAUCGACCUCGGCGACAUCAUGAGCCGCGCCCGCCGGCGCCGCCACCACGGCUACGACGGCCGCAGCAGGAGGAGGGACCUCUUCCGCAGCGGCGGGGCCGGAGGCGCUGCCGCCAAGGACAAUGGCAUCCAGCUCGACGCCACGCCCGUCUCCCCGCCGCUCCCCGGCGGCCACGGCUACUACUCGGACGAGCUGCCCUCGGCCACGCGGCCCCGCCGCGACAGCGACGGCCUCGGCAGCCUCGCCGGCAGCCCCGUCGACCCCUCGUUUGAGCGCCAGGGCACCACAGGCGCCGGCCGCAACGCUUUCAGGGACGAGGUCGCCCGGCAGGAGAGGCAGAAGCGCGGAGACGACACGUUGUAGGACGGCUGUGCGGCGCGCGGCGCGCCUUGAAGAGCGACAGCGGUGGCACACAUGUUGGGUUGGAUAGUCAGCAUCGUCGUCCCCGUCGAAAAUAGUCCACGGGUCGACCAAUGGGCCCAGCCGGGAUGGGAUGGGAUGGGAGCAACAAAUGGAACUCGCACUCGACUGUGCAACGGCGUCGGCAUUCUGUACAAUAUCAUGGGAGAAACCCGCCCUCGAACGGUUCAACGACGAGGAUAGCAGCAUGGGGCAACAAGCUGGGGGAGUCAUGUUUCAAUAACGGGUUGUGCUGUUUACGAUUAUGUCCCCCAAGUUCAAAGAAAUGGCAAUAUGUCACAAUCC